AUGGCAAACAUAAAUGACUACAAGGCAUUAAUGACGGUGUCUUAUAAAGCCACAGAGGUGUCGCUGCGCGAAAUAAUCGCCCUCGAUCCGGCAUCGGCAUUAGUAUGCCUGGCGUGGACGCACGCCCGCACACAUGCUGACGAGCGAGCACGCAGUCACGCGAACGCAUCGGUUUACGACCCGAUGCGGCGGAUUCGUGAAAACGAUAAACACGGAUUAGAUGUUAAAAUUCAUAAGCCGACAUUACACCGAAGGCACUUACACCCCGCCAUUGCCACGCAAUUGAAGGACCCCAGUUCAAAUCUUGGUGCGAUGCAG